UAUUUUAGGUAUAAUUUGACUUGGUGUCAUAUAAGGAUGUGCAAUAACCCUACUGCCCCAUUUGUGACAACUAUUACAUUAUGUUUUAGGACGUUUUAAAAUAUCUUAACACUAGCACUUGUGUGCUCUCCUGUCGUUGUCCCUCAAAGCCACAAAGCUGCUAAACUUUGGUGUUUUACAACUAGCAAUAAAGGUGUCCAUUUGUUGACAGGCACUUCCAAGCAAUAGUCUGACCUCUAGCGAUGGUUGGUGGGAACUACACUGGUAUUAUAACAAUUAUGAUAACCAUCACCAUUGUUUCGACAAGAAGCAUGGAUAAAAAUGUUUGUGAACGCCUUCGAAAAUGCAACACAAAACAAUUUUAUUUUGCUGAUUUAUAAGGACUAACCUGAGGGGAAAUGUACUGAGCACAUUCUGUCGCUUGGGGGCAACGUUGCCGAUUUAAUUGUAUUCAAAUGGUGACUUCGAAGUUGCUCGUAAAUUUCUCAAAACGUCAAAAAAAAGUAGAGGUCAGAUACGUAACUGUUAAAACAAAAGCAUUGACAUUUUAAAAAAUGGAUUGAAAAGAAUGCCGAAGCCGCUCAGGAAGAAAUACUUGCUUUCACUUUAAAAUAUACUAAAAUGCAGACGUUCUUCCGUUUACGACAGCCUUUAAACCUAACAGUGACGUCACCCUGUCAUUGAGAAUUUAGCAGCUGUCACGUUGUUUGGACUUCGUGGGACCGACACCUUUUUUUUUUUUAAUUCUCGUUACGUUUACGAGACUCGACCAGAAUGGCCCGUGGACACCAGAAGAUCCAGUCGCAGCAGAAGAACGCCAAGAAGCAGGCCGAGAUUAAGAAGAAGGCCAAGGGUCACGACCAGAAGACGGCGGCCAAGGCGGCGCUCGUCUUCACCUGCGCCGUGUGCAAGUCCCAGAUGCCUGACCCUAAAACCUUCAAGCAGCACUUCGAGAGCAAGCACCCGAAAUCCCCUCUUCCCCCUGAGCUGGAGGGAGUGGAAGCAUGAGACAGAACCCCCUCACAGCCUCCCUCCCUCCCUCCCUCCCUCCCUCUCAUGUGGAUGGCUCCCUCAAGGCCAGCUCUGCACUCAUCUUGGUCCGGUAGCAUUGAAGUGAUGUCGCCAACAUGAAGAAGUUGUCUUUUUGGUUUGCUUCCGUUCAUUGAGUUUUGCCACUUUGUGUGCGUGUGAGUGUGUGUAAUUGAUCCCAAAGGCAGGGGUGUGUGUGUGUGUGUGUGUGUGUGUGCUCGUGUGCUCGUGCGCUCGUGCUCCAUGAACAAUCCCAGCGAUGAAUGAAGCGUUCCUCCUCCACUGCUCUGAUGUGUUGUGCACAUUUAAUAGUGAUGAUUAUGAUGAUGAUGAUGUAAUUCUGAGCCAUCCGUGUGUGUGUGUGUGUGUGUGUGUGUGUGUGUGUGUGUGUGUGUGUGUGUGUGUCGAUUGUGUGAUUUCAACUUUUUUUUUUUUUUUUUUUUUUUUUUCUU